AUGUCGCUGGCCGUCCGCCGCUGGGCCCGGAGGGUCGAGCGUUACUGCUGCACGGCCCUGACCUACUUCCCUCUCGCCUUCGUCUACACCCUGACCACAUGGGCCUGCUGGGUCGCCGUCACCAUCGGCACAGUCACCACCAACUCGGCGUGGAUCGGCCAUACCACAUCCCUCGGCGCCGUCCUCCUCUAUGCCCUCCUCAACUGGUCCUACACCACCGCCGUCUUCACGCCCCCCGGUAGCACCACAAACGACUACGGCUACAGCACCCUGCCCACCCACGCACCCCCCUCCGCGACUACCACGUCCCUGACUGUCAAGUCCAACGGCGAGCUGCGCUUCUGCAAGAAAUGCCAGGCCCGGAAACCCGACCGGGCACACCACUGCUCCACCUGUCGCCGCUGCGUGCUCAAGAUGGACCACCACUGCCCCUGGCUGGCCUCCUGCAUCGGCCUUCGCAAUCACAAGGCCUUCCUCCUCUUCCUCGUCUACACCUCGCUUUUCUGCUGGUACACUUUUGCCAUCUCUGCUACCUGGGUCUGGACCGAGAUCCUCAACAACACCACCUACGUCGACACGCUGAUGCCUGUUAACUUCAUCGUCUUGUCUGUCGUCUCUGGCAUCAUCGGUCUCGUUGUCUCUGCAUUCACCGGUUGGCACAUUCUCCUGGCGACCAGGGGCCAGACCACCAUCGAGUGUCUCGAGAAGACGCGCUAUCUCUCCCCGCUGCGCAAGACCCUGCACAACACCUACAACGCCCACCAUGGAGCCAACGGCGUACCUCUACCCGGCUAUGGCCAGCAGCUCCUCGACAUGCACCAGAACAUGGUCCCCGGUGUGACUCGCCCCGAGGAGGGUGAAGACGCAGACUCGCGCUCUAUCACCCCGCUGCCCUAUUCAGCACCAUCCCGGAAUGGUCCCACACAGACCGGCGCCCUGAGUGCCGAGGACCAGAUGGGUAGACGAUUCACCUAUGACGAACUCGAGCGGUAUCGCGCUCGCAAGCGCUACGAAGAGUAUCUCGACGAGCAGGACUCGCAAAAGCUGCCCCAUGCCUUCGACCUUGGCCCCCGUCGGAAUCUGCUUCACCUCUUUGGUCACAACCCUUGGCUGUGGCCCUUCCCUUUUAGCACGACCACCGGCGACGGCUGGAGCUGGGAGCCCAACCCCAAGUGGAUCGAUGCCCGUGAGCGCAUCCGCCGCGAGCGUGACGAGCAGAGGCAGCGCGAGCAGGCCGCAGGCUGGGGCAUGCCCGAUGACGGCAGCCCCUUGCCCUCCCCGGGCUCGGUGCAGUGGUUGACGGACCACGUACGGCCUCCUCCUCAACACCAGGGCGCCGGCAGGCACUAUCUCCAACCCGACGCCUCACUUCCCAGCCCGGCUCCGAGCAGCGCCGGACGCCGCACCCCUUCCAAGGCCGACUGCAUCCUGGGCCGUGAUCCCAACCUCUACGCCGACGAGCAGCCCGUGUCUAUGAAGCGGCUCAGCCCGGCGACAGGCCGCGCCCUCUACGGUGACGAUGACCUCGAGGAUGACGAUGAUGGAGACUUGCACGACGCCAAGGAGGUGGAUGGUCUCGUCUCCCGCGCGGACGACGACGACGCCGAGCGCCGGGCGCUCAACCUGGUGACCAACGGUGGAUGGGACCGCCGAGCAGGUGCUAGCGGCCUCCUGCGCAAGGGCUCCGUCUCGCCUACCAAGGGCCUGGGUGGCAGUGCCAGCAACGGCCACGGCCACGAUGAAGGCGUGGACUAA